GAAAACGAAGUGAAGAGCUCUGAGAAAUAGAGAGAAAUAGCCAACAAAAAGAAACAGAUAAUAAAAUGCUUCUUCGUCUAUCAAUCUUUCGGUAUUUUCUUAUUUAAAAUCUUCAUUAAAUGCCCAAGUUAUCAGUGGGCUGAAAUUUCCGAUUGACGUGAAAUCAGAAAAACUAAAAUGGAGGGAAUGUGGGAGAAUUUCAAGAGAAACAAUCAGAGUAAAUUGAAAUCCCUUUUUCAGCGCAGAAAAUCAUCAUCCAACGAUGAAGAAUCCCUCGAAACCUCUCCUAGACCCAUCCCUCAGCUCUCUCCUCUCGCCAAUUCCGUCGUCUCUCGCUGUUCCAAGAUUCUUCAAAUUCCUACGGAAGAAUUACAGCAUCGUUUCGACAUAGAGCUGCCAGAAAGUGUUAAACAGCUUUUCACAUAUGCUAGGAACUUUUUAGAGUUUUGCUCAUACCAAGCAUUACAUAAAUUUAGUAGAAAUCCAGAUUAUUUGAGUGACCCAGAAUUCCGUCGAUUAACAUAUGAGAUGAUGCUUGCGUGGGAGGCUCCUUGUGUUGAGUGUGAACGACGAAUCAAAGAAACUUCAUCCAGCGAGGAGGAAGUAGAGGAUGAAGAAGGCGGGUCACUGUUUUAUUCUAGUUCAAUGAAUAUGGCAGUUCAGGUUGAUAACCAGAAAACUGUUGGGCAAGAGGCUUUUGCCCGAAUAGCUCCUGUCUGUGCUGCUGUUGCAGAUAUAAUUACUGUCCACAAUCUUUUUGAUGCAUUGACAAGCUCUUCAGGCCACCGACUUCACUUUCUUGUAUAUGAAAAAUACCUCCGAAGCCUUGACAAGGUUAUCAAGGCCGUGAAAAAUUCAUUGGGACCCUCACUUUCUAAUCUUCCACUUUCUGAAGUGGAGAUAAUUUUAGAUAUUGAAGGUGCAGUUCCAACUCAACCAGUUCUGCAACAUGUUGGAAUCUCAGCAUGGCCAGGACGGCUCACACUAACCAACUUUGCUCUGUACUUUGAGUCUUUGGGAGUUGGUGUAUAUGACAAAGCUGUGAGAUAUGAUCUGGCAGCGGACCUGAAGCAGGUCAUAAAACCUGAAUUGACUGGGCCACUGGGUGCUCGUCUCUUUGAUAAAGCUGUUAUGUACAAAUCAACAACUUUAACAGAGCCCGUUUAUUUUGAGUUUCCUGAAUUUAAAGGCAAUUCUCGUCGAGACUAUUGGUUAGAUAUAUCCCAAGAGAUCCUCCAUGCUCACAGGUUUGCUAGAAAAAACAACUUCAAAGAGACUCAGCAGUCAGAAAUACUUGCAAGAGCUAUAUUAGGUAUCUUCCGUUAUCGUGCACUGAGAGAAGCUUUUAAGUUCUUCGCAUCCCAGUAUAAAACCUUACUUAGUUUUAACCUAGCUGAGAGCCUUCCUGGAGGUGAUGUGAUUUUGGAAACUCUUUCUAGUCGUUUGGCACUUUUAAAUUCCGAUACUUCCCCACGCACUGUGAAAAAGCUGCCAACUUCCUCUCGUGUUUCAUUUCUGGCACUUAGUCAACUUGGAUUCAUUCUACAGAAGGAUACAAAUCUUGAUGUAGAAGCAUUAAUAGUUGGAGAUUUCUGUGUUGGGGAGACAAAUCCCUUAGAGAUAGCAGUGAAGCGAUCUAUAUCUAACACUGGAAGGGCUGAAGCUGCAAAGGCAACGGUGGACCAAGUGAAGGUAGAAGGGAUUGAUACAAAUUUAGCCGUAAUGAAGGAACUACUGUUUCCUGUCAUUCAAUUAGCUACUCGUCUUGAGCUUUUGGCUUCUUGGAGAGACCCUUUUAAGUCAACUGUCUUUCUGAUGUUGACCUGUUGUGCAAUUAUCAGGGGUUGGAUCAGUUAUAUCUUGGCAUCUCUUUUUGUAUCCUUUGCAAUUAUCAUGCUCUGGCGCAGGCAUUUUAACAAAGGGAAACACUUAGAAGCCUUCAGAAUAACAACUCCACCAAAUAAAAAUGCAGUUGAGCAGCUGCUGGCAUUACAAGAAGCCAUCUCUCAACUUGAAGCACUAAUCCAAACUGGGAAUGUUUUUCUUCUCAAGAUAAGGGCUCUCUUCUUUGCUGUUUUACCACAGGCCACUGACAGGGUUGCUAUCUUACUGGCUUUCAUGGCUGUAAUGUUAGCUUUGGUACCAUUGAGAUACUUGAUAUUGUUUGUAUUCCUAGAGGGUUUUACAAGGGAACUGUCGUAUAGGAGAGAAAGCAGUGACAGAUUGCUGAGAAGGGUUAGAGAAUGGUGGUUUAGGAUACCAGCAGCACCUGUUCAGGUCAUUAGAGCUGAUGACAAGAAAAAGAAAUGAUAAAUGCUGUGA